CUCGCCAUACGUCGAACUGGGUGGCCCGCGUUGGGGCGUCUCCUUUUAUCAAGGAUCGGUGUCGUGCAGUCGAACGGGGGACGACCACCGCCUUUUCCUCGAUUCCUUGUCCCCGGAAAGCUUUUCUUUCUCUCUUUUCCUCGACAUUGUUUCUCGGGGAUUCGCGAAGGAAUCGGUGGUUCGUGCGUUUGGCCAGCCGUUUGCCUUGAAUCGUGCUCGGAACGAGGACGAGAAGAAGAGGAGAGAACGAUGACGACGAGGAUGAGGAUGACGUUAGCAUUUAAUCGACGAUGUUACUCAUGGUAGCGCGACCUUGGUGCGUCGCGGCUAGUGCGGGCGUCGGCAUUAUCGUCGAGAGUGAACGCGAUCGGACGAGCAAGGAGAUGGUGUCCUCGGUUCGCGAGAAUAACAGUGACUUGGUAGGAAGAGUCAUCGCUAUCAGAAGUGCCACGUACGAGAACAACAACAACAACAACAACAACAUCCUCGUCGUCGUCACCGACAGCCUCCUCCUCGUCGUCGUCGUCGUCGGCGCCACCACCGCCACCGCUGCCGCCGUUGCCGUCACCGCUGCCGUCACCGCCGCCGCCGCCGUCGCCGCCGCCGCCACCACCACCACCACCACCACCACCACCACUACCACCGCCAACGCUGUAUCUGCCCUCCUCACUCCCGCCACUGCCAAUACUGCCGUUUACACGAAGAAGAUCUCUACGACGACGACGACGAUACCGUGAAAGAAACAAGAUAUAUUUCCGUUGUCGUGCGUUUUCGUGACUUUUUGCGACUCUCUGUCUCUCUAUACGUUUAUCUGUUUCUCUCUCUCUUUCUUCUCUCUCUUUCUCUCUCUCUCUCUCUCUCUCUCUCUCUCUCUCUCUCUCUCUCUUUAGCGGACUUUUUUAUGGCUGGGAACACUCAAUUACUUUGCGACCUGUGACUCAAACUACUUAUAACAUGACGGUCAAAUAAUUCGUAUAUCGAAACGAAGCCGAAAUCGAUCGAAUUGAAGAGUGGGCUUUGGUAGAAAGCACUCGUUAAGUGCUUCAACGGUGACAAAAACGUGGUCCUCUUCUUCGUUAAUUUCGCUUAAUAUCGAGCGCCGUGCAAAACCACCCACACACCUCCUCGCGCAUCUUACUUUCCCGUUACAAUAUCAAGAAAAUAAAAUACGCUCGUUUCUUCUUUUCGCGAGAACGGGAGUCGAAACGAUAGGGACGAAAGGGAAAACGAAAAGUGAAAUCGUGGCGUACGUCGCUCGGAGAUAUACAUCGAAGAGAGAAACGUCGUUGGCGCCUCGUCUAAUCGCCUGGCACGAUGGCUUGCAAAGUUACUAAGCCCGAACGAUGGCCGAUCCACGCGGCUUCAAACCAAUAAAUCAGUUGUGGCAGAGCGUGGCAGUAUCAACGGAUCCAGAUUCGGAAUACUUAUACGAAGAGAUCUCGGGCCUUUCGGGGUCCCAGGAUAUCGAGGUAAGGCCGGCGGGGGCCGCCGUCGUUGGGGAGGAGGAAGAGGAAGAGGAGGAAGAAGAAGAGGGAGGAGAGGGAGCAGAAGAGGAGGAGGAGGAGGAGGAGGAGGAGGAGGAGGAGGAGGAGGAAGAGGAAGAAGAGGAGGAGGACGAGGAGGACGAAGAGAGAGGACUCGAACGACAAAAAGAAAUUUGUAGCAGCAGAAGUAACAGAGGUUGGUGGAGAUAUCACGAUACUGAGAGUAUCGGCACCACCACCAUCGCGACUAGCAAGAAAACAGGCGACUCGAGGUCGCGAAGCAGAUCGGCCGACAGGCCAUCAUCGAGUGAGAGGAAAAAUAUCGGUAGCAGGGUGGAGGAGGAGCAGUAUGCCGCGCGUAGGAGUUACGUGGAGUCCGGUACAGGAGCCGUACUGCCACCUCCUGCGACCGCUCUCAAGCUGACCAGGGAGCGAACAAGCAGCAGCACCGUUGCUCGGUACCUGCACUCGGCCAGUACCAAUACCGGCCAACAUUAUCACCAUCAUCAUCACGGCUUACACAGCAAACAUCCGCCCGGAGGUGCGACUAGGCCGAGCGUCAGGCAUCAUCAUCAGCAUCGCUCAAGCCGCGGAUUUUUCAGUAAUGAGACGCAGGAAGAGAUACAGGAGGACGAUGAAGCUACUCUACGGGAGUUGCUUGUAAGUCUGCAGAAACAGGUCAGCGUUAUGAGUAUGAACUUGAGUGCCAAGUUGGACGAGCUGCAGCGGGGUGACCGCCAGCUGGAGACUACUGUCGCCCUGUGUGAGAUACGCACGCAGCUACAGGAGCUCACCAAAAGUGUUGAGUCUUGCCAGAGCGAAGUCAGCGAGGUGAAGAGGGAUAUGGUUGCGAUUAAGCACGAGCUAGACACCGUGCAGCAAGUAAAGGAGGAGAUAGAGGAGUUACGAGAAUAUGUAGAUCGUCUGGAAGAGCAUUCACACCGGCGAAAACUCAGACUGUUGGAACAGGGCUUAACAUUUUUCUUAUCGUAUGCGAUAUUGGCGGCUGUUUUGGGCAUGUUGCAAUUUGGAUAUAACACAGGAGUCAUUAACGCACCCGAAGUGAAUAUAGAGAAUUUUAUGAAAGAUGUGUAUAAAAAUAGAUACGGAGAGGAUAUUACUGAUGAUUCUGUUAAAAAACUAUAUUCUAUAGCGGUGAGCAUAUUUGCAAUUGGUGGUAUGCUAGGUGGUUUUAGCGGAGGAAUAAUUGCCAACAGAUUUGGCAGAAAGGGGGGCUUACUGCUAAACAACGUGCUGGGCAUCGUGGGGGCAUGCCUGAUGGGUUGUACAAAGAUUGCUCACUCUUACGAAAUGUUGUUCUUUGGACGGUUCAUCAUCGGUGUCAAUUGUGGCUUAAAUACCUCAUUGGUUCCCAUGUACAUAUCGGAGAUAGCACCACUGAACCUAAGAGGUGGCCUAGGCACGGUGAACCAGCUCGCUGUUACGGUGGGCCUCCUGGUCUCCCAGGUGCUGGGCAUCGAGCAAAUCCUUGGGACAAACGAGGGUUGGCCUGUUCUCUUAGGAUUAGCUAUCUGUCCUGCCAUUCUACAACUAUUAUUGCUUCCAAUAUGUCCCGAAUCUCCGAGAUACUUGCUUAUUACUAAACAAUGGGAGGAAGAAGCACGAAAAGCUUUAAGAAGAUUAAGAGCUAGCAAUCAGGUAGAGGAAGAUAUCGAAGAGAUGAGAGCAGAGGAAAGAGCUCAACAAGCUGAAUCCACGAUCUCUAUGACAGAGCUUAUAUGUAGUCCAACGUUAAGAGCACCUCUUGUUAUUGGUGUGGUCAUGCAACUCUCGCAACAGCUAUCUGGUAUUAAUGCCGUAUUUUACUAUUCUACGAGUUUGUUCACCAGUUCAGGUUUAACAGAAGAAAGCGCUAAAUUUGCGACCAUAGGCAUAGGUGCCAUUAUGGUUGGUAUGACGCUAGUUUCGAUCCCACUUAUGGAUAGGACAGGAAGGCGUACCUUACAUUUGUAUGGUCUUGGUGGCAUGUUUAUCUUUUCAAUAUUCAUCACAAUUUCGUUUCUAAUAAAGGAGUUUUUUGGUUACGUACAGGAAAUGAUUGACUGGAUGUCCUAUCUGUCGGUUGUAUCGACGCUUAGUUUCGUGGUAUUUUUUGCUGUGGGGCCUGGAUCUAUUCCUUGGAUGAUUACAGCAGAGUUGUUUUCGCAAGGCCCUAGACCUGCUGCUAUGUCCAUUGCAGUUCUUGUCAAUUGGAUGGCUAAUUUUUUGGUUGGCAUUGGUUUUCCAAGCAUGAAGUCUAGCCUUGAAAACUACACGUUCCUACCGUUCAGUGCAUUCCUAGCCAUCUUCUGGAUCUUCACUUACAAGAAGGUUCCUGAGACCAAAAAUAAAACCUUUGAAGAGAUUCUAGCUUUAUUCAGACAUGGUAACGACAGGAGCAGCUUGCGAGACAGCAGACUUUACGGGAGCAUGCUAAACUGUGUGAAUGCAUUAGAGGGACACAUACCGCCAGCAGAGAGUGCAGCCCUGAUGGUGGCAGAAGAGAAGCCACAUCCAGAUUCAUUAUGAUACAAAAGUACAGAAGAGAAAAAUGCUGAUUAUAUGAAAAAUAAAAUAUUAUUACCGCUUCGCUACUACAAGAUGUACUAUUAAUUCUGGCAGAGAGCAGAAGUUUCAUAUUCAACACACCUUUCACAUUGGCAAUAGCCCUUUAGCAAGAAAUAAUAAACAAUAUCAUGUACAUUAUUAAGUGGUUGCUGAUAUCGUCAUAUAUAUGUAUAUAUAUAUAUAUAUAUAUAUGUAUAUACAUAUUAUAAAGAAGGAUUAGAAAUGUAGACUUUUAUCUCUAAAUGUUUUCGACUAUUAAUUAGAUAACUUUUUCCCUGUUAAAGGGGAGUAUAUAUAUAUAUAUAUAUAUAUAUAUAUAUACACAUAUAUGAUAAAUGUCAAAAAAAUACAUUAUUAACUAAAUGAACUUACAGAAAAAUAUGUUUUUUGUACAGUAAUAUUACAGUUACAUUUCAAUUGUCAAAAUAUUAAUUGUAACUUAUUCUUCUUACAAAUUACAUUUUAGAGUACUCAAAUGACAUUCUUUAAAUAGUUUAAAGAUUAAAAUUCUUUAAUUUUGUUAUCAUUUCAUAAAGCUUGUACUUCUGAUAACGUAAUAAUGUAUGUAAAAUAACAAUAGAAAAAUUUCUACUAACUGUGAAAUAGCUACUGCUUUGUAAAGUUUAGUACAAUGCAUUUAAAAAUUCUCUUUCGUAUAAAUGUUUUAAACUAAAUUCUGCACGACACUAUAUAACUGAAUGUCUCAAUAGAAUUAUGUUUCAUGAUAAAAAUCUGAGGUUAUUGAGAUAAACAAAAUUGAAAUCAUAAUUGAAUAUAGAUUUCUUCAUUGAACGAUAGGAGAUUAAUUCUUUCAGAUAGCACAUCUGUUGGAAUAAUUACAACUCUUUGUUUUUUUUUUAACAAUAACCUCAGAUCAUAGUUAUUGUAAAUUGUUAUAACAAUAACCUCAGAUCAUAUCAUAUUUACAAGAGUAAUUAUUAAUUCAAUAUUUUAAAUUCUAUGCUUAUGUGUUACAUCCGCAAAUAUUCGUAGCCACAUGAUUAUAGAAUCGUUAAUAUUGAAUUAUGUAUAUGUGUGCGUGUGCGUGCGUGUCUCUUUAAUGUCAUUUGUAUGUAGUAAGGCAGUUUUUUACUAUUGUCUAACUACACUUGAAAAUUAGGCAAUAUUACUUAUUUUUAUAAAAUGAAAUUCAAUGGUCACUAGUAUUUGCUUUAUCUUCACUCUAGUAGCAAAUUAUGCGCUACUAACACUGGCCUUUGUAGUAGUUUAAGCGGGAAUAACUCACUAUGGACAUCAUUGAGAUAAAUUUUCAUAUUUAGAGUCCACAGAACUGAAGGCAAAGAAGGGGAUAGUACGUAUUUGGAUGUGGAUAAGGUCUAUAUAUAUAUAUAUCCAAGUACACAACAUUUACUAAUAAAUUAUACCUCCAAAUCAUAACGUUGAUUACAGUUGGAGCAUGAACGACGUAUCGAGCAUGUACGCAUGGAUAUAAUUUAUAUUGUUUGGAACUACAAAGAAAAACUUGUGUGACAACGAUCCCCCUGGUAUUUUAGUCAUAUUUUACACGACAUAUAAAUUUAGAUUAUUACAUAAAACAAAUUACAUAUUGUAAUAACGUCUUAUUUUUACAGUAGGUAAAGAAAAAUUCUGCGAUAAGUAACGGCAUAACUAUCCGUAAAUGCUAUCUCUAUCAAUAUCACUUCUAACUUUACUAAUGAUAGUAUUCAUCUGGAGAAACAAAAGCUUACUACGAUUCUAAUGGAAUAAUCAUUUAUAAAACAUCAAUACAAAGCUGUAAUAUCUGUUUUCUCUUUUCUAAUUUUACUUAAAUGUGCUUCAGUUGCAUGAUGUCAUAAAAGUAGAACUAAUUUAACAAGAAUAUAGUUUACUUUGCUUGUGGAUUGUAUGGUAUAUGUGUAAAGGAAAAUCUUUUGAUAUAACAAGAAACAUUACAAGUAAACAUGUAAACUAAUGAAACUAUUUUGAUGGAUAAUAAUAUAGUUCAUCAUGUGGGUAUAUACGAGAAUUUGGUUGGUUAAUGGCUGAUAUCCAUAUAUAUAUAUAUAUAUAUGGAUAAUACUUAUAUACAUAUAUUAUAUGUCAUGAGUGUAUAUAUAUAUAUAUAUAUAUAUAUAUAUAUAUAUAUAUAAGUAUUAAAUUUAUUAAGGAAAUCUAUUAAGUAACUCUAGUAAAAAAGGUGCAGAGGACAAAGAAUACAUACUUGGCUUUAUCGUUGUAUCAAUUCCUAGACGCUUGCAAUCGAUAAUAUUAGUGAAUUGGGAGGUCCAAAUAAAAAUCCAAAAUUGAAGUAGUUAAGCUCGCAAGGUACCUGAAAAAGAAAUUGACAUCUGAUUAAUAUGAUUCUGCAGUUGUGUUUGCAGCUGGAUCCGAGCGAUCUUCCGUCGCUCCCGCUCAACCGGAGAGGCCACCGCCCCCGCUUCCCCCGCCACGCUUUCCGAACAGCGGUGUCUGACAAUGGGAAAUAACUCCUCUUAAUAUUGGUAAUCUGAUGAUCAUGAACACUCCUAUUCCACUACCAUUGCUACUCACCACGAACAGUCUCAACCUGGAAAGUCAGCUCUACGAGAUUAUCACGGAGAGUAGCAAAGCUUGUGCGGUCUUUUUGAGGAACAGCUUACGUCGCGCUGCAAAUGCAACCAACUUCGGAUGGAGCUACGUCGAGAACUUGGAGCGCGCCAGGACCUACGAAGAAUCCUAGAGAGAGAGAGAGAGAGAGAGAGAGAGAGAGGGAGAGAGAGAGAGAGAGAGAGAGAGAAAUAAUUAUACCGACGAUGGAUGAACGCGAAUAAGUUCAGAGAACUCUCGAUGAAAAGAAGAUACCACGGAUGAACGAAUGUCAAAGAAAAAAAGAAAGAAACAGAGAGAGAGAGAGAGAGAGAGAGAGCGAGUUUAGUUUCGUUAAAAAAGCUGCGAAAAAAGUGAUUUGUGCCUAAGACGUGACAUAUUCGAGAGGAGGAGGAGGAGGAGGAGAAAGAGAGGAUAUUCGAAAACCCGCAAUAGAGUAAUGCGUUAUAGUGCAAGGUAUCGAAAGACAAUUUAAAUUUCGAAAAAAGCGCGGGAGAAAUUCCCUCUCCCUAUCUCCCCCUACCCCCUCACUAUUCUUUUUCCAUAUUUCUCAUAUGUAUCGUCCCUCUCCUCGAUCGUUCACCAUUUCAAAUAAACGCAUAAUACCUCAUCUAAUUCACUUUUGUAUCGUUGAUUUCGAAGUAAUUUUUGACAAAUGUAAAGCUUUUUCCAUCAUCAUUUUCAUCGCUUUCGAGAAAGAAGAAAUAUCGUUCGUAAGAUUUGUGAUCGUUCCUGAUAUAUUCACGAAAGAUAUUGAUUCUUUUCUAGCGAUCGCAAAACAGCGAUCGAUCGUGCAACGAAAAAACUUUUACGAGUUAAAGUACGAUUAUAUUCCUUCUUAUCGAAACAAAAUUUGCAAAAUUAGACGCGCGCUACAUUUCUACGAUCCUUUUGAAAAUUAGUUUCAUUCGCACAUGAGAGAUGGCGUGAUCGCCGUUAAAAACGCGGGUCGCGUUAACUGAUUAACGUUAACGCGAUGAAAUAUUUUACGAUUAGAACGUGACCAUUUUUGCCCCAAAAAUAUUUCAAAAUAUAAUGAAAUGUACUUCUUUUUUUUUUAAUUAAAGGAAAUUAUAUAUAAAAACUUUGCAUUUGAGAAAAUAAUACGAAAAUCCAUAAGUUAGAAGCAUAAAAGUGGCGCGCGUCGUGCGCAAGAUUGAUAAAGAAAAGAAAAGAAGAAAAGAAAAAAAAGAAAAAAAAAAAAGAAAAAAAAAAUAAAAAAAGAAAAAUAAAAAAAGAACAAUGGUACCCGCUUAUAGACGAUUUAUUUUGAACGUUUCUUAGAAGCUGAUGCCUCUUCAAAGGAAUAUAAAGAGAUCGAAACGCGAUAGCGAGCAAGGCAUGCUUUUUCUUAUUUAAACUCAAUCAUCGAACUUUCUAACCUAAUCGAAACUUAUGACCGUUCGAUUUGAAGCAGUUUUCGUGUAAAAAUAAAAAGAAAAAGAAAGAAAGAAAAAAAAAAAAAAAAAAAGAAAA